UCUAUAUCACCACCCUUCAACUCCACUCAGCUCUCCCCCUCUUCUUUCUCUUCCUCUGCCCACAGUUUCCUUAGAACUCUGGGUUUUCUUGAACCCGGCCUGUUGCUCACUCUUCAUGGCGGUCCGUCUGUCUGAGCUGCUGGUUCUCUUUGUAGCACUGGUUAUACAAACCACUAUAGGAGGAGGAGGUCGAGCCGCAGCUAGGCUCGACUUCUGGGACUCUGCAAUCCGGUUGCCUUCGGAGAAGGAUAAGACCGAAGAUACUGAUAAACAAUCCGGGACAACAUGGGCGGUUCUCGUAGCCGGUUCAAAUGGUUAUGGAAAUUACAGGCAUCAGGCGGAUGUUUGUCACGCAUAUCAGAUACUGAGAAAAGGUGGGUUGAAGGAGGAGAACAUAGUGGUCUUCAUGUAUGAUGACAUCGCCAUGCAUGAGAUGAAUCCCAGGAAAGGCAUCAUCAUCAACCAUCCACAAGGUCAUGAUGUAUAUGCCGGCGUCCCAAAGGAUUACACCGGCAAGCAUGUAACUGCUGCGAACCUGUAUGCAGUACUUCUUGGGAACAAGAAGGCUGUGAAAGGUGGAAGUGGGAAGGUUGUGGCUAGCAAACCUAAUGACAGGAUCUUCUUAUUCUACUCGGAUCAUGGUGGUCCUGGUGUUCUUGGAAUGCCAAAUAUGCCUUUUCUGUAUGCAAUGGAUUUCAUUAAUGUUUUGAAGAAGAAACAUGCAUCUGGGAGCUACAAAGAGAUGGUUAUAUAUGUAGAAGCAUGUGAGAGUGGGAGCGUUUUUGAAGGCAUAAUGCCAAGUGACCUUAACAUUUACGUGACUACAGCAUCAAAUGCAGAGGAAAACAGCUUUGGGACUUACUGUCCUGGGAUGAACCCUCCACCACCACCUGAAUACAUCACUUGCUUAGGGGAUUUGUACAGUGUUGCUUGGAUGGAGGACAGUGAGAUACACAAUCUGAAGAAAGAAACAUUAAAACAACAAUACCAGACGGUAAAGAAACGGACUUCGAAUUUUAAUAACUACAAUAUUGGAUCUCAUGUGAUGCAAUAUGGAAAUAAAAAUCUCACAGAAGAGAAGCUCUACUUGUACCUUGGUUUUGAUCCUUCCUCUGCGAACUUCCCUCCAAACAAUGGUCAACUAGAACAGCACAUGGAAGUUGUCAACCAGAGAGAUGCAGAGAUUUUCUUCAUGUGGCAAUUGUACAGAAGAUCAGAACACGGGUCAGAAAAGAAGAGGGAAAUCCUGAAGCAGAUUAGAGAAACUAUGAAGCACAGGAAUCACAUAGAUGGAAGCAUAAAAUUCAUAGGGACAUUUCUCUAUGGACCUGAGAACGGUGCUACGCUGCUCAAUUUCGUCAGACCACUUGGUCUGCCUCUUGUGGAUGACUGGGAAUGCUUAAAAUCCAUGGUGCGAGUGUUUGAAACACAUUGUGGAUCACUGACUCAGUAUGGCAUGAAACACAUGCGUGCAUUUGCCAACAUCUGCAACAGUGGUGUAUCUCAAGCCCAAAUGGAGGAAGCAUCUUGGGCUGCUUGUGAUGGUCAUGAUCUGGGCUGACUGCAUCCUUCAAACAAAGGCUAUAGUGCUUGAAAUAAAUGUUGGAAAUUUUGAAAGCUUUGUAGUAGGUUAUGGACGGCACAUCGUUUAUAUUUCUAUUGCAGAAGGUAAUAUAGAUAUGUCAAAAAUAAUAUCCAUGUGAAUAUAUAUAACAUAUAUAAAAGAGUAAUGUUGUGUUUUCA